AUGACACCAUUACGACGCGAUCGACGUGAUCGACAUGGAUGUGAUCUUCCGACGAAAUUCGUCAAAGCUGUGUCAAGCUGCGGUCCAAAAGGAAAAUGUUGUGAUGUUCAUGAUGCUUGUUACAAAAGACAUGGCUGCACACGUGGAAGUUGGUUGAAACCAUUUGGUGCUUGUGCUCGAUGCAAUGCUGCCGUUGUCGCCUGCAUUCAAUUCCAAUUUCCGGGUAAAAGCACAUGUUGUGCAAAGAAAAACUGUGGUAAACCACGUUAA